AUGGCUCUCGCGCUUCAGAAAUCCGCACUUUUCACGUUGCUGCAACUAGCAGUACUACUGCCGUUGACUCAAGUCGCCGUUCGCGCGAGCGCUGCUGCUCUGCCGUGCAGCCGGUCUCCCGUCGCUGGAUUCGCCAAGAAAGUCACGCUGGCACCGGGGCUCGUGUUUCACUGGAAGGUGCUGUACGGUAACACGCUCCGCGCGGCGAUAAUCGCGCAGGCAAGCAGCGGCGCGAAUAAGGGGUGGGUCGCGAUCGGGUGGACCAAGAGCGCGGGGAAGAUGUACCCCGCGGAUGCCGUCGUCGGGAAUCUGGGCAGCAAGCCGGCUAAAGUCGAGCCGUACGCGAUGACCAGCUACAGUGCUGUAGCGAAGUCGAGCGCUUUUACUGUAACGAGCGCAGUUGUAGCGCGGAAAUCGAGGUCUACAGUCAUCAGGUUCACUCGCAGCGGCACGUCGGGAUUAUCGCCGAUCAACUACAAGGGCAGCAACGACAUGGUCUGGGCCUACUCCGUUGACGGCUCCACCACGAUAGGUGGCCACGGUACCAACCGGGGCUCUGCGACAAUUAACCUGGCGUGCAAAAUCUGA